AUGCGAGCAGUGGAGGACGAUCACCGGCGGAUACGUAGUAUCCUCAAAGAUUGGGUAACUGAUUCUCCACCUCUCUUUCCUUCUAUGGAUUUGCUCAAAUUACUAUUUUGGAAUUGCCGCAAUACUGGCAAUAAAACCUUUAAGCGUAAUCUUGUAGAGAUCCUUAGAUCUCAUAAAUUAGAAAUUCUGAUUCUCAUGGAGACCAAAAUUACAUUUAGCAAAAUGGACAACUUUUUUACUCAUCUGGGCUUCACCGCUUCAACUAUUGUUGACCCCAUAGACAGAGUCGGUGGGAUUUGGCUAUUAUGGGACACUACCCAGGUCAAUGUUAGAGCAUCCUCAGUUGGCCCUCAAGUUAUCCAUGCCACAGUCCACAAGGAGGACUACAAGGAAUGGGUUCUAGCUGUAGUCUAUGCCAGCCCUAACCCAUUGUUGAGAGCAAAUCUAUGGAAUGAACUUGAUGAAGUGGCAGACAGUAUGGACAAAUCUUGUUCAGGACCUAGAAUGACCUGGACAAAUAAUAGACAGGGGCUGGCCAAUACUGUGGAGAGGCUAGACGGAGUUUUAUGCAAUGAAGAUUGGCGAACAAUGUUCCCAGAAGCAACUGUUAAAGUCCUGCCAAGGACAUAUUCGGAUCACUUCCCUCUUGUUGUCUUCACCCAAGGUAUGCAUUCUCUCAACCCCCUCAAUAGACCCUUUCGCUUUGAGGCUGCUUGGAUGUCCCAUUUUGAUCUCCCUAAUAUUAUUACCUUUUCCUGGACUGAUAUGCAUAACAAUUUACUUGAUUCCACUUCUGAAUUCACUACUAGAGUUAAGAAGUGGAAUAAAGAGGAGGGAAUCAAAAGUAUUAUCCUUACCUACUUCACUAAUCUGUUUAAAUUUGAACAUGUUCAAUCUCUUACCCAUUGGAACAAUAUUACCGCCACCUUUUUUACACUUGAUGACAAUGAGGUCCUGUUGAAACCUAUCACCAAUGCUGAAAUUCUUCGUGCUGUUAAAAGUAUAGGGGCCUUUAAAGCUCUAGGUAAGGAUGGUAUCCAAGCCCUGUUCUAUCAGAAAUAUUGGCAUAUUGUGGGGCAUUCUGUUUGUGAGUUUGUUCUGUCUUGCUUCCAGAAUAAGAAGGUUUCUGAUGAAGUUAAUGAAACUCUUAUUGUGUUGAUCCCUAAACUUGAGAACCCUGAACAUAUUAAACAAUUUAGACCCAUUAGCCUUUGUAAUGUCCCUUAUAAGAUAAUCACCAAAAUUAUUGUGGGACGAAUUAGACCACUUUUAGACACUCUCAUUAGCCCUAACCAUAGUAGCUUCAUCCUAGGGAGAAGUACUGCUGAUAAUAUCAUCAUCACUCAGGAGAUCCUACACAUCCUUAGAUACUUGAAAGGGAAGAAAGGGGGUAUGAUUUUUAAAAUUGACCUGGAUAAGGCCUAUGAUAGGAUUUCUUGGGACUUCAUUAGGGACACUUUUCAGGAAUUCAAACUUAAUGACUGUUGGAUUGAAUUGAUAAUGAAUUGUGUUAUUAACACUCAUUCUUCCGUUCUCUGGCAUGAUGAGAUUGUUGAAGGCAUUCAAAAUGGAAGGGGAAUCCGUCAAGGAGAUCCUCUUUCCUUUUACCUGUUUGUACUCUGCAUGGAGAGGCUAUCUAAUAUGAUCAAUUCAAAGGUGGAAGCGGGAGCUUGGAAAGGCAUCAAAGCUUCCGGGAAUAGCCCUGCUCUUACCCACUUAUUCUUUGCUGACGACCUUAUCCUCUUUGCUGAAGCUAACGUGAGCAACUGCCAUACUAUCAUGGAAGUUCUGAAUGACUUUUGUGUGAUGUCUGGUCAAAAACUAAGUCUUCAGAAAUCCAAGAUAUUUGUCUCUAAGAAUGUGUCCUGUAGCUAUGCUAGAUCUCUGAGUUUUCAGUGUGGUAUUUCCCUUACCCAAGACUUAGGCAGGUAUCUAGGAUCCCCUCUACUCCAUAGUCGGAUCAAUAAGACCUUAUUUAAUGAGAUUCUUGAGAAACUAAAACAAAGACUGUCUGGAUGGAAGGCUAGGCACUUAUCCUUCGCUGGUAGAACCACCUUAAUUCAAGCUGUUACAUCUGUCAUCCCAAGCUAUAAUAUGCAAACCAUGGAGUUGCCUAGGAAAUUCUGUGAUGAAGUAGAUAGGAUCAAUAGGAACUUCCUUUGGGGGGACACUGACACCCAUAAAAAGGUCCAUCUGAUUAACUGGGAUACUGUUUGUAGAACUAAGGAAGAAGGGGGUUUGGGCCUCAGGAAAGCUAGGGAUAACAACGCUGCUUUACUAGCUAAACUAGGCUGGAAAAUUCUAACUGACCCAAACAAACUUUGGUGUAAAGUGCUCCAAGCCAAAUACCUUAAAAACAAUAGCAUCUAUGACUGGCCUAUGGAAAGGAGAGCUUCUCACAUUUGGAAAAGCAUCUGUAAUUGUAGGACCAUUCUUAGGAAGGGGGUGAAAUGGAAUGUAGGUAAUGGGGAGAGCAUCUCCUUAUGGUAUAACUGGUGGUGUGGUCAGCAACCCCUUGCCCACCAAUAUAAUUCCUCACAGGUCAAUGGGAGAGACAAGGUGAGCUUAUUAUUGGAUGAAGAAGGGAAUUGGAACACUGACUUCAUUGCUACUAUUGUUACCCACCAAGACCUUCAAGAGAUCACCAAGAUCCACCGACCAAGGUUUGUGACUUACACUGAUGCACCAUCUUGGAUAGGUACAUCUGGGGGAAACUUCUCUGUAGCCUCCGCUCAUAAACUGCUCAUUAACCAGGAUUUUGAAGGGCGGGACUGGACUUGGUUAUGGAAGAUUAAAUUACCUCAUAAGCUCAAGAGUUUCCUUUGGCUCAUCCUCCAUGACAGGUUGCUAACCAAUCAAAUGAGGCUCAAAAGGCAUAUGACAACAUUUGAUUUAUGCCCCAGAUGUGGUCUUUACAGUGAAGACUUGGACCACCUCCUUCGAAAGUGCUCUUUUACCAGAGAUAUAUGGACUGCAAUUCAAAAUUUCAACUGGUGGGAGGAGGGAUGCAGACAACCUCUUACUGAAUGGGUGGUUUCUAACUUAAAAAACAAAAAUAUGUUUCUUGAUAAUAACUGGUACAUUUUCUUUACUGUCACCCUGUGGCAGAUCUGGAAAUCCCGUAAUCUUAUGGGUUUCGAAAAUGUAAACCACUCUAUUCAAGUUAAUCUCAAGGGUAUAUGGAACUAUGCUUCAGAGAUUAAAGACGCUUUCUCCUAUCCCAUCCACCCUCUUUCAACAGCCCCUAAAUCUAUUUUUUGGCGUUUUCCUAUUGCAGGCACAUUGAAGCUCAAUACCGAUGGCUGUUCUAAGGGCGACCCUGGACAAGCUGGAUAUGGCGGCCUUCUGUGGGAUGAAACUGGGACAUGGAUAUGGGGAUACUACGACAAUCUGGGCCACUGCUCUUCGGUGGAAGCAGAACUAUGGGCCAUCUAUAGAGGCUUGACAAUUCUAUUCUAA